AUUUUGACAAUCACAACAAUAAACAAAGUCGUGUUCGUGUUUAUGAAGUUUAUGUUAUUGUUUUAGAAUAUUCUAAUUUUGUAGAAAUGACGGCCCCAAUGGAAAGAAUACAAGUGUUAGAUUCUAUAGAAAAAGACAUAAUAACUUGUCUUCACAGCGCUGGUCAAGUUUUCGUCGAACUCAGCAAAGAAAAAUCCAGUCUCAAACAAGCAGAAAAUCAUACUCAAACUUUCUUGAAAACUCUCAGCACAGUGGAGAACAAGUUAACAGAUCAAAUCAACUAUUUAACGCAAGUCUCAACUGGUCAACCUCAUGAAGGUUCUGGAUAUGCGUCACAAAAAGUAUUGCAAAUGGCUUGGCAUAGAUUAGAACAUGCUAGAUCUAGGGUGAAUGAAUUGGAUAGGUUGAGGGUAAAGCAUAUGCAAACUCGUCCAGGCGUAAGGAAUUUGCCAGGAAAUGGUGCUAUGAUGCCCCAACAACAGCAACAACAAAUGCCUAUGCCACCGCAAGGAAAUAUGCAGCAAUAGUAAAUUGUGAUUCACGUCUUUCCUGAAAUAUCUGCAUAAUCUUUUGAGUCAGAUUUUCUUCUGAAUUUUUCAUUGUUUAUGAUUGACACUUCAUAGAUAUCCUCAAAUAAAUUAUAUCGUUUGCUGUGUUCUAAAUAUUAUCAGGGUAAUCACAAGAAAAAGAGUGAACGGUAUAAAUCAAACCUUAUUCUUUAUAUUGAGUAUGAUAUUUGAUGUGUAAUAGGAACUUGUAGAAAAUACUAUAGGAGAAUUUCAAGAUAAAAAAAUGAUAAUAAAAUGAUAAACUCUGUAAAUAACAGUUGUAUUUUCAAAAUAUACAAUCAUUCAACAUAUAAUAAAUUCUGUGUUAUGACUAGUUUC